GUUUUUAUUUGAACUAAUGUUUAUUUUAAAUUUUUUGAUGUUUAAGUUAUUUGAAUCAUUUUAAUUUUUUUAUAAUAGAAUUUAUUUUUUGGUUAUUAAGCUUGUUGAGUUGAACGUGUUAAAAUAAGUUUAAGAGUUCUUUAUAGAUCGGAUAUAAUUAUUUUAAUUACCUCCUAAUUACACUAUAAUAUAAUCAUUGGCUAACCAUAAAGAGUCCCUACUACAUAAUGGAACUUGACAGUGAGAAUCUAAAUCCAAACACAGAACUUCGUAAACUACAUUUGAGCCACCUAAACGAACUAGUGACCAUUUUAGAGUCGGGAGAGUCGUGGAAAAAACUUAUGGCAAUAAUACCAAAGAAACUGAGCGAGGAUGGGUAUGAAAGUAAUAUUACUUUGCAUAAUAAGGCAAAGUUUACCACAUCAGAUUUUACCACAAUCCUUGAAACCUCUGAAAGGUACCACAAAAAGCCUACAGAAAUUCUUUUUCAAGAAUGGGGUACAAUGGGUCCAAGACCUAGGGUUAACUUGGGACACCUUAAGUACCUGCUGGUUAAAGCUGAGCUGCUUGCAGCUGCCAAUUAUUUAGCAAUGCUACUGAGGGAAGCCCCACCUGAAAGGCCGGCAGUUGGACCGGGAGCGGCAAUCACUAUACCUAUAGAAUUUGAGACUGAAAAUGUAAUUACCAAUAUGGUAGAUAAUCCAGAUCAUAAUGAAGAUGUAGAAGUGGAGAGACAGUUGGAUGAAAUUGGGUAUGUGCAACAGGCAGUGGAGCAAAUCAGGAGGAGAAGUCAAGAAAUUCAUCAACAUCAAAUUGAACCUGUUGUUCCAGACAUUGUAAUAACAGAGGACCAACCUGCUCCACAGCCAAUACAGAUCCCAAUGGUAAUUCAAAGACCAAGAGCAUCCACCCCACCCUCUAACAGAUCUAAAAGGUCACCAAAUCCUGUUGAUAUAAUUGACACCAAUCCUCAAGAGGACUACGACGACUUUUCUACCACCAGCGGCAAUAUACCUAAUUUAGAUUAUCUAAUUCAACAGCAUGUCCACCCCAUUUCCCCACCCACUUCAGGAGAACCUUCUCGGGAAGAAAGUAGUUCUAGUAACACUGAAGUUGGAAGUAAUUCAGAUAGUGCAAACUUCUCUAUGCCCUCCGGAGACAACAUACCUGCCUUGCAUAUUAUUGAUAAUGUCCUGCAAAGGGCUGCUCAAGAACGGAAAGAAAACCAAACUGUAUCAAAUAACAGAAAUUUGCCUUCAGGCGAAAUGAUGUUUAAUUCAAUGUAUAAUUCAGAAUCGUAUGUGCAAGACGUAAGUGAACCGGUAAUUCCGUUGUUUUUGCAGGAACAGAAAGAAUCAACAGAAUUAAAUGAUAGUGAAAAAAUGGUAAAUAAUUCUAUGUACAACUCAAUGUUAGGCACUGCAAAUUACUCAGUCACAGUACAAAGUGAUAUGGUCCCUUUAGUAGUACAGCAAUAUCACAAUAAUCUUGGAUCAAAACAGGUUAACAACACCCAAUCAAAAAUUUCUUCAGAAGAAGUCAAAAGUAAUUCCUUGUAUAUUUCAACAACAGAUAUGCAAGCAAGUGAGAACUUAAAACCUCAAGAAGAAUAUUCUUCAAAUAUAAGUGAAUACUCGGUACCUUUAGUGGUGCAAAACUAUUUUGAAUCAGACGUUAAGAGUGAUUCCCACGUGGCAAUAGAUUGUACAGAUUUGGCAAAUAUUUCAAUUAACUCUUCUCUACCCCACUACAACUAUGAAGUUCUUAAAAAUGCCACAAACGGUUUUUCCAGGCAACCCGAAGUGUAUCUGGGUAGCGGGGGCUUUGGAUCAGUUUACCUCGCAAAGGGUCUGUCAAAUCAACCUUUGGCAGUAAAAAAAUUGAAUAUAAUGUUAUCGACAAACCUUAACCUUCGGCGGGAAUUUAAAAGGGAAGUUGAAAAUAUGCAUAGGUAUGACCAUCCAAACUUGGUGUCGUUGCUGGGAUAUUCAUGUGAUACCGAAAAUUACUGUUUAGUGUUCGAAUUCGUAAGUGGUGGGUCACUUUUUGAUGUAUUAAGAAAUAAACCGGAGAGUUUGCUAUGGGUGGAAAGAGUGAAGAUUGCACUGGGAACCGCAAGAGGUGUUGCGCAUCUUCAUACAGCUUUUGAUCCGCCUAUGGUACACAGAGAUGUGAAGUCUACUAACAUAUUGUUCAGUGCAAAUGGGAAUGUUAAGGUUUGCGAUUAUGGUAUAUCAAAAUUACUUCCCAACGGCGUUACUUUAAUCGACGAUUCUCCUUGCGGUACCAUUGCAUACAUGCCUACGGAAUAUACGACAGGAAAAAAAGUGUCUCUCAAAAUGGACUCUUUUAGCUUUGGAGUUGUCUUAUUAGAACUCCUUACCUCUUUACCUCCGUUAGAUUCUGACCGAGAUGACGGUGUAGAUUUGGUGAGUUACGCGGAAUAUAAAUGUAAAGAGAGUAAUUCAGUAGAGCCCAUAUUAGACCGAAGUGUGGGAAAAUGGGAACAUAAUGGAAUUGAUUUCUCAACCGAAUUAUAUAAUUUGGUCGUAAAAUGUUUAGACGAAAAGGAAAACAGGCCUUUAAUGACUGAGAUUGUGAUCAGUUUGGAAAAACUUGUCGAGUGUUUAAAAUAAUUGUCGAAAUAACGCAUGUGUGCCUUAUAAUGCUUAAUAAGUAUGAUUGGUCUAAGCUUGCUGUUCUAAGUGAUAUUUUAUAUUAGGUCCAAUUUUUAAAGCAUUUUAAUAAAUAUUUUAUACAUUUA